AUGGCUCUGUUUAUUUUCUGGAAGGACAACACCACACCGGGUCAGUUACUGGCCGAGGAAAUUGAAUUUGUAAGGGCAAUUGCCCCUGCCGGGCAGUUCCCGGUCCAUGACUGCCCGACAGACGUUCCACUCAGUCAACGUUGCUUCGUGAUUUUCACGGAUGCUGCGGGAUAUAUCGAAAACACAAAUCGCUCGCUGAUGUUCUGGUGCACACUGGCGCUGAUGUAUGUGGCCAUGGCGCUUGUCACCAGAAAAUAUCCCACGUCUCCCGGAAAAAUGAAACUGAUUCGUUUGACGGCGGAUGAUACACGCCUGAAAGAGAUUUAUUCCGCAAAUAAUACCGACACAUCUGAAAAGGAGUGA